AUGAGCAACCAGACGCUCAUCAAACUGCAGAUUGCUACGGGUGACCACUAUUCUGGCUGUGAGCCAGACCUUGCCAAGUAUUGCUGCUCGUGCGAGAAUGACAACCCUGUAAUUAUCCGCGGAUUGUGUCUGGAAUGCGAGUCUUCGCUGCCCGGCUACAUGCCUCGCAUGGUCAAGGAGAUGGCAAAGAACAAGUACGGGGAUUACUACGUGUGGAUCCAAGUUGCAAUGGGUGCAACACCUCGUCUAGAAGGACCAGAGGAAGAAGAAACUUCGUGCUACGCUAAGGUGCAAGGUCAACGAAGCGGACGCCUUUGUUAA